UUACGUUUUUUAAAAUUAAAGGAGUUCAUAUUUUACAAUUUUUCAAACAGACAAUUUUAUGAACAAUUAAAAAAAAAAACAAAUAAUUUCAUGAACAAUAAUAUCUCAUUUCUGUUAACAUAAGUUCCAUAAGAAAGGACACUUUGGUCAUUUGAAGUCACUAGGUUGCAUCUUAUAAAAGCCUAUCAACAUUGGAGAGUUUGAUGGCCAGCCACAUAUGGCCACCUUCACCCUCAGCUUCAACACCCUGCAACAAUCUCUCCCCUUCUCUCAUUCUCUCAAACCAAAGCUUUGUCAUAAUCACUAUGCACUCACUCCUCAUGCUUCUGUUUAUGGAUACAAGAGGGGUUCUUUGGAAUCAAAAGUUAGUAGUAUCAGUAGUGACAGAGUUAGUGAGAGAGUGAAGGAGAAGAAGAAGGACAAUGAAAUUGUGGUGUAUAAGAAGAAUAAGGACACCCCACAAAUGAAAUUGAAGAUUGCUUUCGAUAUGUGUUCCAAAAGAGGAGACAUCAUGGAAGCUUUGUCCUUGUAUGAUGCAGCAAGGUCAGAGGGUCUGAAAUUGCAGCAGCAUCAUUAUACUGUUUUGCUGUAUCUUUGUUCUUCUGCUGCUGUUGGUGUUGUUCAACCAGCUAAAAGUGGAAGUGGUGCUAGAACUUUGAAUGCACAAGUUGAACUUGUGAAUCAUGAGGAUAAUGAUAAUUCAGUUUCGGUUGAUAGAAAUGAGAGAGAUUUUAGUAAUGGGAUUUUGGUGAGUGGGGAUGUCAAGAAAUAUGCACUGAAGAGAGGACUUGAGGUGUAUGAGAGUAUGUCUCAGAGUAAAGUCAAAAUGAAUGAAGCUUCAUUGACAUCUGUGGCUAGAAUGGCUAUGGCAAUAGGUGAUGGUGACAUGGCUUUUGAGAUGGUGAAGCAAAUGAAGAGUUUAGGGAUUAAUCCCAGGUUAAGGUCUUAUGGUCCUGCUUUAUCUACUUUUUGCAAUAAUGGAGAAAUAGAUAAAGCAUUUGCUGUUGAAAAGCACAUGCUGGAACAUGGUGUGUGCCCUGAAGAGCCUGAGUUGGAGGCACUCUUAAGAGUAAGCAAUAGCAUAAGAGCUGGAAAGGGUGAUAAGGUCUAUUAUGUGUUGCAAAAACUAAGGACUAGUGUAAGGAAGGUUUCACCUUCUACUGCACAAUUGAUUAUUGAUUGGUUUAAGAGCACACAGGCUUCAAGAGUGGGGAAGAGAAAAUGGGAUAAAAAAUUGAUAAUGGAAGCAAUAGAAAAUCAUGGUGGUGGCUGGCAUGGGCAAGGUUUGUUGGGAAAGGGAAAAUGGAGAGUUGUUCACACAGCCAUCGGAAAUGAUGGGAUUUGUAAAUGCUGUGGGGUGCACUUGGCCACUAUUGAUCUUGAUCCUAUUGAAACUGAGAAUUUUGCCAAGUCAGUUGCAUCCAUUGCUAUAGAAAGAGAGAAAAAGUCAGACUUUGAGAAAUUCCAAAAAUGGCUUGACUACUAUGGACCUUUUGAAGCCGUGGUAGAUGGUGCAAAUGUAGCUCUUUUUGGCCAAGGGAGAUUCAUACCAUCCAAGAUUAAUGCUGUUGUCAAUGGAAUACGCCAAAAGCUUCCUUCAAAGAAGUUUCCUCUUAUUAUUUUGCAUAAUAGGCGUAUCAAAGGAGACAAAGGGAGUGAAGCAAUUAACGGGGCUUUAAUUGAUAGGUGGAACAAUGCUGAUGCACUCUAUGCAACGCCUACCGGAUCAAAUGAUGAUUGGUACUGGUUAUAUGUAGCUAUAAAAUUUAAAUGCUUAAUUAUCACCAAUGAUGAGAUGAGAGAUCAUCUGUUUCAACUUCUGGGAAAUGACUUCUUCCCCAAGUGGAAAGAAAGGCAUCAGGUACACUUCAGUAUCUCUGAUACUGGUCCAGAGUUCUACAUGCCCCCUCCAUGUUCUGUUGUAAUUCAGGAAUCAGAGGAAGGCCACUGGCAUAUUCCAAUCGAAACAGAACUUAGCAAUGAAUCAGAAAGAAGAUGGUUGUGUAUUACCCGUGCUAAGUCAGAUAUCGUCAGUGAAGAAUCUUCAACAACAUCUAAAGACUAUAAACCCCUGCAAAAUGGGGAGUGUGCCAGACCAGUUACUAGAAAUGCAUCUGCAAAGGAGUUACAACAUCAGAAUCUUGUCAACCACAGAGAAAUGAAGGAAACACCUCAAGAAUUUUACAAGAAUAUUAGAGAUAUUUGUUUAGCACCGGUGUCCUCAGAUAAUAACUCGAUAUUAGCUGAAAUUGAGGCUGCAGAGUUGACUGGUGGUUGUACCAUUGAUUUUCAGAUAUGAAGCUCCCCCUGUCAUGUAGAUUCUCUUGAGCUAUAUCUUGGAAACCUAUUGGAGUGCUCAGAAUCAACAAUGGAGGACUCUCAAUUGUCGUCCCAUAUGACUGACCCGAAGCUCUGAUACCAUUCUGUAAGAUGAGAAGUUGGAUGCAUUUGCACUCUGAAAGAUAAUUUACUGGAGAUUGCAAAACUUUUCAACUCACGCUCUCGGCAUGACCUCACUUUGUGUUGAUUCUUUUCUUCUCUCAGGGGUUAUAUCACUUCUCGGUCUUGAUUGCCUAAUGCUGAAGGGGAUGUGUUUACAAUUUCAAAAUUUUAUACAAAUAUCAAUAAAUCUAUGGAGAUUGAUGACAUGAUGAUAAGCGUAGUGUAUUUUAAAUUUUUUAGAUGCUGCUAAACUCUUCACCAAUGUGAGAGGUGUGGAUCAUGUGGUUAAAUAUUGUAUGACAUGCCAUGAGUGUAUAGUUACUUAAAAAAGAAGAAAUAGAAAGGUAAGAGAUAGAAAAUGAGAAAUGGCAUCAAAAUUAAUAUUCAUAAUCCGGAUCAUAUAUACCGGAACACGAUGCAGUGAACUUGAUGUAAAGUGUACAAGUAAAAGUAUAUUUGUAACUGGUCCAAUGUAUUAUGAUUAGGAUAUAUUUUAAAUAAAUCAAACUAAGGUGAGA